AUGUCGGAUUUUACUGACGAUGAAGAUCGACAGCUUAUUCAGUUGGCGCUUACAUUCUCACGCAGCCGCCGGUACAUUCUUUGGGAAAAAUUGAAAGAGCGAAUGAAAGGGACGAAAAAGUCCAAAGAAGCGCUUCGUCAGCGUCUUAAGACUUUAAAGCGCACUCACGGCCGCAACCUCGAGCAAUUUCCAGCGUGGUUUUUUAAAACAAAUGAGACUAGGGAUAGUCUGCAGCGACUACAUAAGUCUAGCGACACGAGUGCUUCCGAAAAGGACGAUAACAUGUUGACGGAGAGGGCAAUGCGAUGCGAAUCAAACAAAUUGGUGAGCGAAUCGCUACGGUCCCAGAAGUUUUCUUUUCGUACAAGAAACGAGCCGCUUGCUUCGCUUUUGUUGUUGGCAUCGGUAGCCACCACUGCGAUCUAA